CGAAUUCGAAGUCCAACGCGAUCAAAUAGAAGAAUAACUCCAAGAGUUGCUGCUGUCUUACCAUGUCCGCAUCCUCAUCUGCGCCGCUGGCGGGAAUCCGGGUGGUCGAGCUUGCGGGCCUAGCUCCUGGUCCAUUCGCCGGUCUACUCCUCGCCGACUACGGCGCAUCUGUCUUGCGGAUUGACCGACCCCAGGCUCCGAGCCCGGAUCAAUUGACCCGCCACAAGACGUCCAUACCCUUGGACCUCCGCGAUGCUGCCUCCCAUAGAGUUCUCCUCUCCAUUCUGACCACGGCGGACGUUCUAAUCGACCCUUUCCGCCCGGGAGUUUUGGAGCGCCUUGGCCUUGACCCCUCGGGCGUCCUGCUGAAACACAACCCGCGUUUGAUCGUAGCACGGUUGACGGGGUUCCGGCGCGAUGGGAAAUAUAAGGACAUGGCUGGACAUGACAUUAAUUACAUUGCCGUUUCCGGGGUGUUGUCCAUGCUUGGCCGGUCCAAUGAGCGACCCCAUGCCCCCGGUAACCUUGUAGGUGACUUUGCGGGCGGCGGGGCUACCUGUUUCCAGGGUAUACUUCUGGCGCUGUUGUCGCGGGAGCGGACCGGCCGCGGUCAAAUCGUCGAGGCUAACAUGGUCGAUGGCUCCGCGUAUCUGGCCUCGUUCCCUCGACUGGGUCGCCAAACGCCCAUCUGGAAUGCCCCGCGCGGCCAGAAUAUACUGGAUGGGGGGAGUCCAUUCUACGACACCUACGAAACCAAGGACGCGGGCCAGUUUUUCGCGGUGGGGGCUCUCGAGCCACAAUUCUAUGAGGCGCUCCUGAAAGGGCUCGGGUUCAAUCCCAAGGAGCUGCCAUCGCGAGAAAACAAGGACAAUUGGCCGGCACUGCGUGCUGCGUUUGCCAAGCGUUUCCAGGAAAAGACGCGCGCUGAGUGGGAGACCGUAUUCGAUGGGACUGAUGCCUGCGCCACGCCCGUGUUGGACCCGGAUGAGCUGCAGGCGGGUGGCUACGAGCUACGCCCCGUGGUGCAUCUCGCUGAUACCCCGGGACUACCCAUCCCGACCGACGACGGAGGGUGGACAGGUGGUGGUCUGAUACCCGGGACCGGAGGACAAGAGACCUUGAAGACAUGGUUGGGUUGGGAACAAGGCCGGGAUUAUGAUGUCAGGCCCGAUGGGGCUUUUGUGCGGCUUGAAGAUGGAGAAUCGAAGCUGUGAGUGUGGAAUGAGGUAUUUUAGGAUGUCCUAUCAAUUGUUACUCAGGAGGGAUGUGGUAUUGAUAAUCGAUGAUGCGUUGAUCUAUUGUAAGGAU